GACCGACAACUCAGCUAAAAUUUACAACUCGGAACAUCUUUCAUCCAACUCAUCUAUUCUGACUCCUCCACUCAACCUUCAGAGAUUCAACCUUUACAGACUUGACCAAACUCGACAAAGCCAUAAGUACAUCACAAUUUAAUUGUCCUGAAUAACUCACCAUGACAUCGACCAAGAUUGUUUUGUUGACAGGUAUAUUACUCGUUACCGCAUUUUCUACGGCUACUACCUACGACUUUCUCAGCAACUCCCAAUAUGAGAUUAUUUUGUUGGCAGGUAUACUACUCGCUACCGGACUUUCUACAGCUGCUACCUACGGCUUUCUCAGCAACUCCCAAUAUGAGAUUGUUUUGUUGACAGGAAUGCUACUCGCUGCCGCUUUCUCUACAGCUACUACCUACGGCUUUCUCAGCAACUCCCAAUAUGAGAUUGCUUUGUUGACAGGUAUACUACUCGCUACCGGACUUUUUACAGCCACUAUCUACGGCUUUCUCAGUAACUCCCACUAUAUGAUUCUCAGAUAUCUCCGAUUCCCUACACUUUUUCUAUCUCCUGCAACAAUCUACUUCAUCAUGGGACUCAACAAUGGAGAAAAAUUGGAGAUAGUCAAGAUGAUCGUCACUUGUUUAGAAUCCUUUGAUGCUCAGAAAUUUGCGGAAUUUCUUACACAGAUACCUUUGUUCAUGUGGCUUUUCGCAUCAUUGGUAAUUUGGAGUUGUAUUGCAACCUCUUUGAUCAAUGGGUAUUUUCAACAAAACGAAUACGCCAUCCAGAGUACCUCCGAAAUCCUCCGUACUGUUGACAAUAUCUUCACCAGCUUCUCAACAGUCCAAACGAACCUUACUUUGCAGUCGUCAAGAACAUACAUGUCUGUAUUGCUCUUUGUGGGUAUUGUCUUGCUUAUCGCCAGUGUAUUGUUUUUGGAAGGCAAGCAACAAUGGCUUCUCGCAUUUAUUGCCAUUAUCCUCGCCGCCCCAGUAAGUUAUUGGUUUCAGCUUUUCACCAUAAUCUAACUUAUAUGCUAAUUUAUUUGAUCAAUAGGGUUACAUACGCCUGGUCUGUUGGACAAUCAAGUCCUGCAAGACUUAAUAAAUGUGAAGGCGAAUAUCUAUAGUAUAAUUUGCGAUAUCUCAACACAUAUUUCGGUGUCGACAAGAUAAUCAUGGAUUGAUGCACAAGUGGUGUAGUUUACUUGAUUGGUUGGGAUGGAGAAAUUGAUUGGUGAGAGGUGGAUGGAUAGUGCGGAAUGUUUCUUUCAAAAGGAUAACAGGAUUUUGGGAUUUAGAGGAAUAGGCCACAAUGGUCAAGAUAUAUUCUGUAGUGACGAGAUAUUUAGGGAUCAGCGCGGCUUUCUAAUACUUCAAACUUUGCA